UUCAAAAGUGUUAAAAUUCCAGUGUUAGUGUUGUUAGUUAAAAAUACAGUGUCAGUUCAACACUUGUUUAGUUUAAUUCAACUACCUGAGAGUUAGUCCCUCAAAAGAGUUGGUGAUAAUACACAGAGGUACAUUUAAACAACUCUGUAAAGUGUUGAUUUUAAAAUCAACACUUAAUAGAGUAACUCCCAGCAUUCCAACGUAUCUGUGACGUGUUUGCCUAAAGAGCGGCUGCAGCGGAACACAGCUGUCUUUUCCCUUGUACUAAUGAGGAUCUUUGUGCGCUUAAAUGAAUGUCGGCACGUUUAAUUAAUAACACUUCUAUGCAAUAGUAUUUUAUUUGUGACAACAAUAGGUGUCGCUGAAACCUGUCUGCAGCUAACAUCGCGGCAAGGUAAGUUAGCAUGAUUGUUGUAUGCUAUUUGUCGCUUUUGCACACAAGUGUCGAUAAAUAUACAAACAUAUGUGUAACCUACAUGAAUAGACAUUUGUUUAGCAUGCUACAUUUGCACAGCUGCACAUUUUGUAAGGGGUCAGAGUUUCCUAAAGUGAUGUAACACGUGCAUGGCGGGUUAACCAAAUAUUUCCCAGAAAAAAAUCUUAAGGCCACUUGUCAUUUCGACAAUCAAAUCCAUGUCAAGUUGGUGAGGAGUACAAUUAGCUUUGAUCUAGUCUUGUCGAAUGGUUGUUGGCAUUACAUGGACCGGGGGUAGGGGUUCGGUUGAGCUGCUGCUGCUUGCCCGAGACAGCUGCUGCAGACUUCCUGCUGUAUCCUUCCACCGGAGGAACACCUCCACACACUGGGCCACCACACCAGCCACGCCAAGCCUUGCUUCGUUUAAAACAUUUUAAGAUUAAAAAACGCUAACUUUUCAAGCUAACGUUACCGCAGCCACACAUGCUGGUGAGUACCACUUACGUAGCUGUGUAUCUUAACGUCGCUGCCACGUUUAUGUCUCAGGGCGACGUUAUUUUGCUAAGCUAACGGAGCAUAGUUGAUAGUGUACCACUGUUUACGGGUAAGUGUGGGUGUUUUUAGCAGAAUAACUAGCGAGCCGUCAUUCUAGCAAGCAGGCCAAGCUUCAGUAGCACGUCACUGUGCUGGUGGCUCCCAUCGUCCAGGUAGCAAGUAAUGCUAAAACUUAAAACGAAUACUCAGAGUCUAGUAAAGCUAGGCAAAAUGUUCCUGCCUCUACACAUCCAUGGUGAUCAUAGUGUAAAUGAUGGCACAGUGUGGAUGUCUUUUGUCCUUUUUUCUUCAUAGUGCAUCAUGUUGGUUAAGGUGCGAUUUGGUGAAACACAGAAGUAUGUCAAAGUGGCUGAGACUGAAGAUGGCUAUGAUGAUUUCAACACAUUUCUUCAAAAAGUUAUUCAAAAGCUAGAUCUUCCACUUGAGACUGAGCUGCACCUGACAGAUGAAUCAGGGACAGAAGUUGAUGCAGAUGUGUUUGAGGAGCUCUUGCAGGCAGGGAACCUCACUGUUGGGGUGGCAUUGGAAAAGUCAACAGUUGUACUUCAGCAUGAUCUUUCAUAUACUUCGCUGGAGUCACCCAUGUCAGACAACUCAUCUGGGUCAGUGUCAGGAGUGUCCUCGCUAGCAUCCUCUGAUUCAUCAGAUGCAACAGUGAUUGUUCAUACAAACGGAGGGAGGAGAACCCAUGCUGAACGGGAAUCAGCAAAAGAGGUGUGUUGCUUUUGUAACAAAUUCUAUUAGUUAUCAGAUAUCAGACACAAAGAUGUUGUGUAGUUAAACUGAUGGUGAUGGAUAAUUCUAACUAUUAUUCUUUAUCUUUUAGAUGGUGAGAAAUGCUCUGAAGGCUAAACCAGGUGGACAGUUUAUUUUGGAUGAAUAUGACAAAAUGAAAACAUUGACAGAUAGCACAAGGAGAAAGUUGGUAAACCUUCUUGUGGCCAGCAUGGUUGAAAUUCAUGGAUAAGUUUCAUAUUCAUAAUGUUCUUUACUUAAUAUAGAAAUUAUUUUUAAAACAAGCAUACUCAUUGUAAGGGAUUACAUAUCAAUAAAGCAAUGUUUUAAGGCUAAAACAUUAUACAAAAACUAAAUUUGAGGGACUGCUACUAACUGAAGCAAGAAAAAGCAAAAUUUGUAUCUUUUAAACACUGAAUUGUUGUAGCAAUGCCAUGUUUAUCUUUCAGGAGGAGCCCACCCAUCUCUGUUCGAAGUACAUGUGCUCUAGGCAUCAUCUCUCUAUUUCCCAGCCUCAGAGAUCUAUAGUCGGACAAGGGAUAUGAACACUUCUAUGACCCAGAGAGUGGAUCUGGCUACUUGGCCUGGAGGAUAAAGACUGUUCAGGGCAACACUGCAGCUCAGCCCCAGAGAUGCUCCACAAGCACAACCUAUCAAGAUAGUCCAAAGAGAAAGAGGGAUGUUCUCUGCACUGAUAAGCAGCUGCUUGGUGAGCACUGUCAUGAAGCAAUAUCCUUUUUGAAACAUUCAACUGAUGAAUCAGCCAUCAAAGAGCGAAUGAGGGCCACAUUUCAGUACCGCCAAACACUGGUUCAAGAUCAGCAGUGCUCUUCGACAGUCUUUGACAUCUUCCCACGAUUCCUCGACAUCACUGGCUUGAUUGAACAAGACUUCACCAUGAUGUUUGGAGAGGAAGUGUCGGGCAGAUUUUUGGCAAAAUGGCCUACCUUUUUCAAGCCUAGAAUCCUGGCAGACUGCAAAAAACUGACUUCUAAUGAGCACAUUGAAGAACUCAUGUCAUUGCAGCAUGACUCAGGCUGGGACAGUGAUCUGUCCAGCAUUCUUCUGUUGGUUCACCUGCUUCCUCCCACCCCCAAAGGCCACAAGAAGAGUGCUAAAAUCAGCCCAUGCCAGGCUGUUGACCAUGUUGUGAGAUAUUUGCAGAUGGGAGCCAGUGUUGAAACCUUCCUUGCUGGUGUGGAGCCGGGCCAGCCCUUCCUCCUUGGUGUUGGUGAAAAGAAGAGCAGCAUCCAAAGAUACUAUGUCAUCAUUGAUCACAAGGCCAUCCCUUGCAAGGCACAGACAUCCCUUGCAGCUUUCGAUGAGCUCUUCAAAGCACACUUCAUCUUCAGUGUCAGUUACCAUGAAUCCCUCUACAACUUCUAUAUGUUCAUCCAAACCACAGUUUUUAACAUUGACAUCGGAAAGGCCAAGGAAACUCCCAGAGUCAAGGAACUAAGAGCAAGAUUUUUUCAUGAUGCGUGAGGGGAUAAAUAUCCAUGGAUGCAAAUAUUUUUCUUUGUUAUGUCUGUAAGGCAUGCCACAAAAGUUCUGCACUGCUUUGUCAGCAUUUAAGACUUCACCAUGGUCUAUAUCCUGGAAAGACAUUACGCUUAAAAUGUGGACA